GUCUGGCGCGUGUCAGAGCUGGAGCGGCUGCAGGCGGCUCACACGUGUCCACUGAUGCGCAGCAAGGAACGGCUCACAGCGUGAAUGCGGAGCUUUCCUUCUCAGACUGUGUGAAGAGUUAGAGGCGGAAGCGGCCAUGUCAGACAAGAAACCCCGAGGCUCCGACGCCCGACCCAAGAUCGGCCUUCGCAGCUGGAGCGCAGACAGUUAUGUGUGGAGGGGAAAGAAGCGCUCUCGGAGCUCGUGCAACGGCUCGGGUCCCGGGGGUCCGGAGGCCGAGGGGACGCAGGAGCCGGGCGCGAGGUCCACUUCCUGCCCGCGCUGGCGCCGGGACAGGAACUGCAGCUGCAGCGCUCUGGGCGACGCGCUGACGUCCGCGGACCUGGACGCCGUGUGCCGGAAGGCCUUGUCCCGGCGCUCCCUGAGGCAGAAGUUCCAGGACGCCGUGGGCCAGUGUUUCCCUCUGCGCUCGCACCACUACCACCAUCACCACCACCACGCGCCCGCCUCCUCGCGACCCUUCUCCGUGCUCUUCUGGUCCAAGCGGAAGAUCCACGUCUCGGAGCUCAUGCAGGACAAGUGCCCCUUCUCGCCCAAAUCUGAGCUGGCCAGAUGUUGGGACCUUAUAAAGAAUCACGCCACUCAUCCACACGCCCUUAACGACAUGGAGACCCCCCUCAGGGGUCCCGUGUCAUCGUCCUCCACCUCGCCCCCACAGACUCCCAUCUCCUGGGAGGACCUCUGCUGCUCCCCGGGGCCCGGCAGCACCAGUCUGGAUGACUGGGACCCUUCGUGCCCCCGCGGGGGGGCAGAGGGCGUCUGCAGACACACUGACUACAUCCUGGUCCCAGAUCUGCUCCAGAUCAACAACAGCCCCUGCUACUGGGGAGUGCUGAACCGCUUCGAGGCCGAGGAGCUGCUGGAGGGCCAACCGGAGGGGACGUUCCUGCUCCGCGACUCCGCUCAGGACGAGUUCCUCUUCUCCGUCAGCUUCCGGCGCUACAGCCGCUCGCUGCACGCACGCAUCGAGCAGAACGGCAAGCGCUUCAGCUUCGACGUGCGUGACCCGUGCAUGUACCGGGACCCCAGUGUGACGGGGCUGCUGAGGCACUACAGCGACCCCGCCACCUGCCUCUUCUUUGAGCCCCUCCUCUCGCGGCCGCUGCCGAGGACCUUCCCGUUCUCGCUCCAGCACCUGUGCAGGGCUGUGAUCUGCAGCUGCACCACCUACCGGGGCGUCAGCACGUUGCCGCUGCCGCCGCAGCUCAGGGACUACCUCAGACAGUACCACAUCAAAUGUGAUGGAGCCUGUGCUGUGUGACACGCGGGGCGGAACGGACGCUGGAGCACGAGUUCCUGUUUUGUGGAGCAGAACUGGUAUUAACAGUAUGAUGCAAACACAUCUCCAGCACCUCAUCAGCCUCGUCUGCAGGUCUGAAUACGUAUAGAGUAAGAUCACACUAAAUACUGAGGGCUGGUGGCUGUAAAUGUUCAGGUUGUGUAUGAGGGUCCAGUUCAUGGGACAAAGCCAACGCUAGCAUCAUGUAGGUCUUCCACUGGUCACUUAUGGUUCCAGACUGAGACCAAUCAUCCUUUUACUGUAUGUGAUGUGAUGCAAUGCAAUGUCCCUGCAGGCAACAUUUAUUGAAAAGGCUAGAGGCGCCUAGAUUAACUAUUAGCUAUUAAAUCAUUU